AUGGCGCCGCAGGAACUGGAAGGUGCAACUCUUGGCGAGAAACACAGAAGUUAUAACAAAAGGCUUCAAGAAUCUCAACUUUCCGUAGCUGACAUAGGUGAAAGCGAUAUAGGUAAUUUGCUAAAGAUCGACAUAGCUUGUCAGAACAAGAAUGUCGAAUACAUUCUUAAAGUACUUAAGGGUGAGGACAUGUUGUACGUGGCGAGAGCACUCACACGUUGCACGUGGCUUUACACUGACAACGAGUACGCAAACAUCGUCAACCCCGACUAUCUGCAGUCUGAAAUAUUCCCAAACAUGAAUACUAAAUCCAUAAUUAUGUUUAAAAAACAAAUACGGCGUAAUAUAAGAGACGAAAGCCGUGCGGAACAGUUCUAUUUAAAGGAAAUAGAUAAAAGCGAAGCUUGUAAAUGGUUACCAUAUUGUUCAGUUGCGUUUAUAGAAAAUAACAUAGAACAAUAUGUCAAACCUUCCGGGCUCAGCCAAAUAAAACUUCGUUUAUUUAAACGACUUUGUGAGAAAUCUAUCACAAUAUUUGAAAUAAUAAUGAAGCAUGUCCCAAGCUAUGCAGGAAGUCAUUACUUAAAGGCAGUAACUUUUUUGUUGAAUACCAAUACCGAUAAAUAUAUGGAUAUUUUGGAGAGCUCAGAGUACCAGUACCCUAAACUAAAUCAUAAGUCUACAGACUUAAUUAUGAAACACUCUAAAACCAGAGUAAUUGAAAAAAUUGAUAAUUAUAUAAAAGUGAUUCACAUACCUACAUUUGUGAAAUAUUUAGAAGUAAAUGAGAUAAAAAACUUUUUGACAGUGCAAGCGAAAAAAAAAGUUGAUAGCUUUCAAUAUCGUGGUCUAAGUCGUUUAUUUCGAUAUGAUACGUUAAAAUAUUUUAUUUAUAGAUUACCUAAAGAAGAACAGUUUGAUUUCGUUAAAAAGGUGUGCAUGCGAGAAAAUGAAAUUGUCGAAAAAGAAGUACCAAACAUGGACACCAAUAGCGUAAUAAUUUAUAAUAACAAUAAAAAAUGGUAUGAUUGGUAUCAGUUUGCUCAGUUCGACAAUGCGUUUGAUGAACUAACUAAAUUGAUAUCUCAAAACGUAGAGAGUAGAGAGAAACUCGCAUUGCUUACUGUGCUUGUAAAAUGCGCAAAACAAAAUUUAGAACAUAUUCAAACAAUAUUAAAUUACUAUAUAAACAAACAUAUGAAUGAAGACGAAUCGUCGAAAAUACAAUUCGUUACUGAAAUAAUAAGACACACACAUGUUUCUAAAUACGAUGAUAAAACCUGGAGUAUGUUGAACAAAGUUUUUAAGUCUAGAAAUAUAUAUAAAGCAUCACCUGUUGCAUUUUCAUGCAAUACGGAAGUCUUAAAUUUUAUAAUUAUUUACAACGCUCUCAAUGAUCAAGAAACACCUGAAGAAAUAAAGAAACAAUUUAUGUUUAACACUUUAAAAUCGUACAAUACUAAAAUGAACCAAGCUCAAAAAGAUAAGGUUUUUAAUUACUUAUAUGAAUUGUCAAAAUCUAAAAUGAGUUCUUCAGUUACUACGGAAACUGAUUUCACAGAGUCACUUGAGACACUAAGUAACAUUUUGAAGUUGCUUAAGGACUGGAAUAAACAAUUGGUAGAAUAUCCUUUAAUAUUAAAUAGAAUUAAAGAAUUAAUUCAAUUAAAAAAGGAACAUUCGUAUAAGGCUAGUUUGUCAAAAUUGUACAACAUCAAUAAAUCUUGGCGAAAACACAUGUUUGAAGAAUCCAUAGGUUUAAGUCCUUGUGAAGAGGUUUGUCUGAAUGCGUUAAAACACGAGCCGCAGCUCCUCGUACGUCACAGUGAAGAAAUGGGUAUCAUUAAAAAGGAUGAUACUAUCUCAUUAAAACGAUUCCUUUCCAAACUCCGUAUCUACUGGCCACAGUCGCUAGCGCAAGAAUGGAUCGAACUCUACUUUAACAAUAUUAACGACACCAAUAGUCAAAAAGCCGCAGUGCGAGGUAUUGUUGCAAUUUUGCCACAGAAACCGUUUUUAAGUAUGAUCGAAAAAUAUCAACCAGUUCAAGCUAAAAUUGACUGGAAACAAGCGGAUGAUCGUGUUAUCAGUGUGCAGCGGCUUAUUGCUAAAAAUAUGCAUCGAGCCCGCCCACAACCACCUCCUGAUGCAAUUUUGGGAUAUGCUAAAGGCGAUUACCUGCAGUUCGCCCUUCCAUCUUUGCUCGCUAUAUUUUAUAAUGUUAAAUUUCCAGUGGUGCGUCAAUAUGUUCCGAAACUACUAGACUCACCAGUUUCAUUACAAAAACAUGGUAUUAGACUAGCGUUUAAAAAACUAGAUCGUGAAGAGCUUAAAUCAUUAUUUUUAAAUUGUUGGAAGUCAUCAAAGAACACCACUAUUCGAUCUAUUAUAUUUAAAUAUACUCACACACUUUUAUGUAAUGAAAAGGAGGCCACAAACUCUGCCAGUCUCUGGGAAUUAUUGGAGAUAUUUAUAGAUAAUUUAACAUUUACUGAAGAUAAAGAUAUAUACAAACUCUUUUCUGAAGUAAGCCAAGUACCAAUCUGUAUCCGAGCUAAAUACCUAAUUAAAGGUUAUAAUUUCCUACAAAAACUUAUCCCUACACUUAAUGAGAAUGAUCGUUCAUAUUACGAAUUGAUUACUACUCAGCUAGCGGGACACAGUAGGGUUGUAAUGGAAACGAUAAGCUCAGACUUCGUCAUAUCUUUAAUCCAGGAAUAUCUGGACAAAAGGUUUUUCAACUAUAAUGAUAAAUAUGUAUCUUAUGUUUACCACUCUGAUGAUGGUGUACAAAUAAUUUCUGCCUAUCUUUUGUGUUCUAAAACUGAAGACGAGCAAAUUCAAAAAUACCAAAAUGUUUUUGCGCCGCUGAUGCGCCGAUCACUGGAAAAAUGGGGAGAAAAAUCAAAUGGAACGUACUUUGUACGAAAACAUUUUUAUCAAUUGCUAACACGCCUUUGCUACGACCUCAAAGACUAUGUGGCAGACAAAAAUAUGUUGAUACCGCUUAAAAUGUUUACACUGAUUCUAGAUGAAUUAGAAAAGAACUUACCAGUAACAGAAAAUUAUAUAAUUUUAACAAAAUGGAAACUUGCAGUUGCAUUCGCGAAACUAACACAAGAACAUUCUUCCACAAAAGAUAAUAAUAUUAUUCCUCUUGAAUUUGGUAAAAUUUGUUUGAAAUAUCUGAAAAAAGAUGUCGAGGAACAUUUUCCUUGUAUUUACGUUCUCUUUUCGAAAUGUGUAAAACAAUUCCUAUUUAUGAUAACGCCUGAAAAUGCGAAGCUGGAAUUUUACGAAGGCAUGUUAUCUGAUAAAGAUUUUAUUCAAGGUUAUUUAGCAGUUAUUGAAAUUGCUUUAGAUUCCCGUAGAGAUUUAAAUUAUAAACCAUUAUGGAAACAAAUUGUGUCACACCCUUCUGUAGAAAUAAAAAUGCAUUAUUAUAACAAGAUCGAAGAGAAGGAAAAAGAAACAAACUAUGCAUUCUAA